AUGGGAAAAGCCGAAGCUGGUACACCAAAGGCUAUAGCCAAUGCCAUCAAGGCCAAAGGUCUGGGAAGAUUGAGAUGGUAUUGUCAGAUAUGUGAGAAACAAUGUCGUGAUGAGAAUGGUUUCCAGGCACACUGUCGUUCCGAACCACACAUGCGAAAAAUGAUGAUAGUCGGUCCUAAAGCAGGUCAAACCAUUGCGGAUUUCUCGCGUCAAUUUCAAUAUGAAUUCGUCACUCUUCUCCGUACUCGACACAACACCGUGCGAGUAAGAGCUAAUGCGGUUUACAACGAAUACAUUCAAGACAAACAUCAUGUUCAUAUGAACGCUACGAGAUGGGUGACGUUGAGUGGGUUCAUAAUGACACUUGGAAAAGCGGGGAUCGUAAAGGUUGAUGAGGAUGAACAGGGUUUAUGGAUUCAAUGGAUUGAUAGUACCCCUCAGACGUUGGCGAAGCAGGCCGCUUUGCAGAAACGCGAAAGAGCAGAGAUGGAUGGAGAAGAAAGAGAACGGGCCGUGUUGGAAGAACAAAUCGCUCGAGCUCGUGCGGCCUUACCUGAGGAAGUGACGAAAGACGCCGGAUUACAAAAAGCCGAGGGAGAGAAGAUCUCUCUAAGUUUGAACCUCAACACGAACCCAAACCUCUCCCCGUUGGACCGCAAUGUCGAAGCCGAAGCUGGACCAUCGACCAUAUCACUUGCACCCACUGAAACAAGCGAAACAUCAAAAUCCACAAUCUCCUUUGGAUCCAUUUCUAAACCUUCCGUCGCCCCCGUUACCAUCACAAACCCACUGAAGCGACCAGCACCGGUCAACGUGUUCAAAUCUUCGAAAAUGGCCAAGACGGAGGGAGAGGGAAGAGAAGGAGAAGGACAGAAGUCUCGUCCGGGAUAUGUAUCAGAAGUGGAGAGGUUGAUGAAAGAGGAUCAAGCUAGAAAAGCGAGGGGUCCACAGGGAUAUCAGGGUUUUGGUCCUAGACGAGGUAAAUGA